GUCUACAAUGUCGAAGUGUGCCCCGCAAGCGGCAGCAGGCACUUUGCCAUCUACAUUGUCAUCGACAACAACACCGGACAACUCCUCCACGUCCGCUGCGCAGUUGGAAAGCCUGGCAUGAUGUUUGAAAGACAGUACUAUGUUGGUCAUGGACCAGAGGCACUGUCUACCUUUGUCUCCAAAUACCCCCUUGGCAGCGUUAGACUCGAAGACUUGGAUAUGCUGGCGGAUAUUUGCGGCGCUAUUGGCGCUCCCACCGCUCAAUAUGUCAACAACAUCUGCCAGUGUGCUACUUGGGUUGACCAAGCUCACUUGGCUGCCAGGAGAGCUGGACUUCUUUUUUGA